UCCCUCUCUUGGAGAGACCCUCUUCUCUGCCUGCUUCCUCCUCUCCCGCUGUUUGUGAAUGAGGCAGUUUCUGAAUGGAGCUGCUGGGGGUUCAGGCUGAUGAUCAGGGGCAGCAGCAUUGGCCGUGAGAAGGGGAGGGGGUUGUCUUAUCCUUCCUUCCUCUUUUCUCUCUCUUUCUCCUUGGCUGCUUUUGAGGAAUAAGGACUUGGGGAGCCAGAGACGGAGGACGAAGGGAAGGGUUUGGAUUCUCUCAGGGUAGUUCAAACACGGAGAGGAUUUGUGGGCUCAGAGUAGGAGUAUUCUGGAAGGUCAGGACUAGACUAGCGGGGGGUGGCAAGCACAGGGUAUUUUAGUCUGUUUCAGAGGGAUUUCAAGCGCUAACCUUUAGGUCACGGCUUGAAAAAGUUUUUUGCUUUCUUUUUUAAAAUAUCGAAUGUUUUCUCUUUUUUUCUAAUAGAAUAUUUGCUUCCUUUCUGUUUGUUUUUUUCUUGGGGGGGGGGGGGAAUGAGAGGGAUGAAGCAAGAGGAGAGUUAGAGAAUUCUUCAUCAUCCCCUCUAGUGAGCCCGGUAGAAAAGCAGGAUCAUGCGUGGCUGCCCACCGCAGGCUGGGGGUGUGGGGGGAGUGGAGGGGCUGAGCAGGAGUAGGAAAUAGCGGGGAGGGGAGAAGGGUGAGGGGAGUUUGGGGUUUAGGAAAAGGGGGGAAAGAGGGACUUCCUCACCCCCUUUACCUUUCCCAAUCCAAUUGUUUUUACCCUUUGGCUCGGAUUUCUUUUUUGCUUUUAAUUGCCUAGCCGCGGUGCCCUUGGCGGGGGUCCGGCCGGGCACACCUGGGGCCGGGGGCGCACGACCACAUCUGGCCGCAGCGGGGGUUGGAGGCGGGAGGGCGCAGGAGGCGGAGGCCGACCAGGGCCGGGCCCGGCCAGGCCAGGCCAGGCGGGGGUUGGGCUGGCGGCCCGAGCCGCCGCCGCUGCCGCCACUGCUCUCCGCGAUGGAGCCGGGGCCCGAGGCGGGGCUGGAGCCGGGGCCGGGGCCCUGGCUCGACAUGGCGCCGGAGCUGACCCACGACGAGGAGCUGGCCACCAAGCAGUUUCUGGAGGAGAUUAACAAGUGGACAGUUCAAUACAAUGUGUCUCCACUCUCUUGGAACCUGGCUGUCAGGUUCCUCAUGGCCAGAAAGUUUGAUGUCCUCCGGGCUAUUGAAUUGUUCCACGCCUACAGGGAAAUGCGACGGAAAGAAGGAAUCGUCAAGCUGAAGCCUCAUGAGGACCCUCUCCGUUCAGAAAUCCUCAGUGGGAAGUUCACAAUCCUAAACACACGGGAUCCCUCUGGAGCUUCCAUUGCCCUCUUCACUGCUAAGUUACAUCAUCCUCACAAAUCCUCCCAACAUGUGGUACUCCAGGCUCUGUUUUACCUGCUGGACAGAGCAAUGGAUAGUUUUGAAACUCAAAGGAAUGGAUUAGUGUUUAUCUACGACAUGGGGGGUUCCAAUUAUAACAACUUCGAGCUAGACCUCGGCAAGAAAGUCCUAAACCUCCUGAAGGGAGCCUUCCCAGCUCGGCUAAAGAAGGUGUUGAUUGUAGGGGCUCCCAUGUGGUUCCGAGUGCCCUACUCCAUCAUCAGUAUCCUGUUGAAGGACAAAGUCCGUGAAAGGAUUCAGAUAAUGAGGACAAGUGAGCUGACCCAGCAUUUGCCCCGGGAGUGCCUUCCUGAAAGCCUGGGAGGGUAUAUAAAGUUGGACCUCACCAGUUGGAACUUCCAGUUCCUACCUCAAGUGAAUGGCUACCUAGAUCCUCUUGAUGAAAUUAUCUUACUGUCCCUCACUACCUCUGUGGAAAAUUGCGACUCAGUGCACAUCCCGGGCCCUCAGGCCAUGAGCAUCAUGGAGCUUGUGGAGCACUUCAACCACAGUCAGAAGAGGGGGAUUUAUGAAGAGUAUGAGGACAUCCGCCGGGAGAACCUGGCUGGCACAUUCCACUGUUCCAUGUCACCAGGUAACUUGGAGAAAAACCGAUAUGGCGAUGUACCGUGCCUGGACCAAACCCGAGUGAAGUUGACCUCUUCGAAGGGGAGUGGUAUCUCCCAGACAGACUACAUUAAUGCCAGUUUCAUGGAUGGCUAUAAGCAAAAGAAUGCUUAUAUUGGCACACAAGGUCCCUUGGAGAACACCUACCAUGACUUUUGGCUCAUGGUCUGGGAGCAGAAGGUUCUGGUGAUUGUCAUGACUACACGAUUCGAGGAAGGUGGAAGGAGGAAGUGUGGUCAGUACUGGCCCUUGGAAAAAGACUGUCGGAUCCAAUUUGGCUUUCUCACGGUGACCAAUCAAGGAGUUGAAAACAUGAACCAUUAUAAGAAAACCACGCUGGAAAUUCAUAACACAGAAGAACGACAAAAAAGGCAGGUGAUCCACUUUCAGUUCCUGAGCUGGCCAGAUUAUGGGGUCCCUUCUUCAGCUGACAGCUUGAUUGACUUCCUCAGAGUGGUCAGAAACCAGCAGAAGAUGUCGGUCAGGAACUUGGGACCACGCUUCAAAGGUCAUCCUAGAGGGCCACCCAUUGUGGUCCAUUGUAGUGCGGGCAUCGGCAGGACAGGCACCUUCUGCUCCCUGGACAUCUGCCUGGCACAGCUGGAAGAACUGGGCACUCUGAACGUGUCUCAGACUGUGUCUCGCAUGCGAACCCAGAGGGCAUUCAGCAUCCAGACCCCGGAGCAGUACUAUUUCUGUUAUAAGGCCAUUAUUGAAUAUGCCCUGAAAGAGGGCAUGGUGCCCCCCGGCUUCCAUCUGCUGGGCACAGAGAGGCAAUAGCUGGCCCCUGGAGCCUGUCACCUGGUGGCGGGAGCCUUCGUCCAGCCUUCCUCACUCUCCCUGGGACACUGCCAAGCCUUUAGGUGGCCAUCAGUAAUGUUGAACCAGAUCCGCCUCUUUUUUGUGUCUCCUGGUACACGGCAGCCUUUUCCUUUGGCUGGCUAGCUCUCAUGAAAUCUCCACGAGUUGCCAGUGGCUAGCAGCUUGUGUUCUCAAUUUUUAGCACCUGCUAUUGAACUGUGCCUUAUCAAAACCAAAUUGUGGCUACUGUUUCUGGACAGGGGCCCCCAGAGGGAAGUGGGAAAGGACCUUCUCUUCCCCUCUCACCUCCUCACCUUGACUUAGCCACAGCUUGACGGGGAAGGAGGGGAGCCCCCUCCGGUCCAUCCCAAGAGAGUCUGACCAAGCUCCAUAUUCUAGAGAUCCUCCCCAGUGCCAAGAAGGUGUAAGAAGUAAGGCGUGUCCUGCAGUCUUCUCUACUGUUCUGUGUGCCUGUGUGUGUGUCUCUGUGUGGGGGUCUGGAUCUGUCUGUCUGUCUGUCUGUGUGUCUGUGUGUCAUCUAUACUGUCUGUGUUAAUAUGUACGUAGUAUAUAAAUCCCUGUAUGUACACAGCUCUUCUAGCAGUUCAUGGGCUCCAUGCUGGAGCUCGCUGGAGCAACAGCAGCCUUCGUUGCCGGGGGGCCCCCCAGACGGUGCGGCUGGGGAGCCCAUUAUGCAUCGUGCUGGCAGUGCCCAGCGCGUGGACCAUCUCCCUGUCUUGGUCACAGCCUGCCUUGGCCCUGGGAAUGCUGUGCGUGGGGACCCCCGCGCGUUAUGCUCCCAACUUAACGCUUUUUCUCUGUCUACCUUAUCAACCGGGGGAGCCCUUUCCCUUGCCCAAGGAGCUGCAGAUCUGCACUGUGGCGCUCGAGCCCUCUGUCUCUCCUGGUCCCCCUGGGGGAUGCUGGGAACAAACUCAGUGAGGUGCCAAGGCCAAAGGCAAUCGGUACGACGUCUUCAGAGGGGUAUAACGGGAGGGGGCCUGACCAGGGAGAGUCACUUGACGGGAAGAGGGAUUCUUUCUUGUUGGGCUUUCCAAAGCCUUCCCUCCUCUACUGCCAGCCACAGCCCGGCUCCAUGCCAGGCCAGAGCUGACCGUGGCUCCCGGCUGGGGGCCCCCCGCUCGGCCAUGACUUGGUCACUCUGCUCCCCACGCUCGCCCCGGUGCCGAGGGGGGAGACUGCCGUCAGCGAUGCCGAAACCUCCCCCUCCCAGAAGACGGGGUCGGAGGCUGAUGGGCCCUCAGCCAUUUUAUACUGUAACGAGCUCUUUGAAUGUGUAUAUUCUUAUUUUUACAAUCUUUUCAUUUUGUAUUUAACGUUUAAGGAUUGAGUCAGAUUUGGAGAAUAAUUGUAAAUGUUCAUAUUCAAUACCUUACGGUGAUCCAGUUUUGUAUUUACAUAUAAAUAUACCGACAAAUGGUCCGGC